GCCCAUCAAAAGUCAAACAAACGGAGCGCCAUGAAGCUGACCAUCGUUACCAUUGGACUAAUCCUCGUGGCCGGAGCUUUGGCCCAACCCCAGGGAAGGAUCGCUGGAGGCGAGGACGCCGUCAACGGCCAGCUGCCCUACCAGGCGGCCCUCUCCGUCGGCGGCAGCUUCAACUGCGGCGCCGUCAUCAUCGGCCAGCGGUACGCCCUCACCGCCCUCACCUGCGUCUGUUCCGAGGGCAAGGACACCCCAUGGCCAGCUGUUCUGUUCGCCGUGACCGUGGGCUCGGUGGAUCUCUACUCCGGUGGCAAGCAGAUUCGCGUGGAGGAUAUCACCCUGAAUCCGAACUACAGCUCCCUGAAGACCGGCAUUGCGCUGCUCCGCCUGCAGGAGGACAUUCCGUUCGGUGAGAAUGUGGCCGCCAUUCCGCUGUCCGCGGUGGUUCCACCCCUGGGCGCCCAGUUGGAGGUUUCUGGCUGGGGUCGCACCACCGCCACCGAGGUGAACAUGCACCGCACCCUGCAGAUUGGCGAGGCCCAGGUGGAGGCACCGCGCGAAUGCAUCCUGGCGAUGGCCUCCCAGGGGGAGGAGCUGGCGGCGGCGGAGGAGCAGGACGACCAGGUGCUAUGCCUGGGCCAUGGACGCAGGCAGGGCAUCUGCAGCGGCGACAUCGGCGGACCGGCCGUCUACCAGGGUCAGCUGGUGGGCCUGGGCGCCCAGAUCCUCGGCGAGUGCGGCGGCAUGCUGCCCGAGCGAUUCGUCAGCAUCGCGGCCAACUACGAUUGGAUCCAGCAGCAGUUGCAAUAAACGCAUAUCGAUAAUAGAGGAGCGAUAAAUCAUCA